CCCGGAGUCUUUCACCAUUCUUACCCCGACGCGGCGUCUCCUCCCCUCUCCUCUCCCCUUCCCUCCAUCGCAUCUCCUCCCGCUCCUUCGAUCCCAAAUCGGCCGCCGCCGCCGCUCCGCCAUGUCCCCCUCCCGCCCCGACGAGGCGGACCCCGCCGCCGACUUCGGCUCCCACCCCACCGACCAAGAGCUCGUCACCAAAUACCUACGCCGCCACGUCGACUCCGGCGGGAACCCGUGGCGGUACGUCCACGAGGCCGACGUGUACGCCGCCGAUCCCGACGACCUCACCGGCAAGUACUCCCCGGCCGUCGCCAGCGACGGGUCCAGGGCGUGGUACUUCUUCACCACCGUGCGGUCCAAGAGCACCGGCGGGCAGAGGAGGGCGCGGGCCGUGGGCGACGGCGGGUGCUGGCACUCCGAGGCCGGCGCCAAGGACGUCGUCGGAGGCAUCCGCAGCCCCCGCCCGAUAGGGCGGCGCCAGUUCUUCUCGUUCGUCAACAAGGAGGGCCCCCGGCGGGUGCGGUCGGGGUGGAUCAUGGUCGAGAUCGGCCUCAAAUACGCCCAGCAGAACGCCUCCUCCGACGAGCUUGUUCUGUGUAAGGUGUACCGGAGCCCGCGGGCGCCACCGGCUGCCGCCGCCGCCAACAAAUCCAUGGCCGCCCCACCUCCCACCGCCACGAAAUCCAAGACGGAGGAGGCUACACCACCUCCCGAUGACGUGAAACCGGUGGUGGCGGCUGCGCAGACUCCCGACACCAAAAUACUCAGGGCGGCGAAGGAGGCGGCCGCGACUGGAUGCAAGAGGAAGGCCGACGUGAAGAGCUCUGGUGCAAGAAGGGGCAAGCGGCUCUGCUCCCGCUGCCGGGCGGAGACAUCGGAAUCGGACAGCGAGACGGCGGUACUUGACAGGUCGCCGUCCAUCGAAGACGAAACGGCGGACUCUUCAGAAAUCCAUGGAAGCAGUGAUGGCAAAUUCAUCAGGUUCUUGUGAUUUAGUUCGAUCUGGAGCCCCGAGGGUGCUAGCCUAGAUUGGAAUCAGCGUGUACCAACAAAAUGGAUAGAGCUGCUGUAGUUCUCAUUUUGAGUUCUUAAGCCCUAGUAUAAUGCCUACCCCAAAUCAUGCGUUACCCGCAAAUUUCAGCAUGAUACAGACAAGGUAAGCAUUUAUUUUCAGUAUCAGUUGCACCGUAUGGUGCACUUGUAGAUAGAAGUUACUACAGCAUGGAGAAAUUUGGAGAUUAACAUAUAGACAUUAGACAUUUUCUUUCAUGUAAUAUAGUAGUAGAACACACAAGAGGUUCAAGCUUGAAUGAUUAGAAAAGCUUCUUGCCAUAUUA